AUGGCUCUCUUUGUCUUUCUCGGGAUUUGGCUUUCUUGUUUUCUUUUUCUUUUUCUAUGGAAUCAGCACCGUGCCAGAGGGAAGCUCCCACCUGGCCCCACUCCUUUACCACUUGUUGGAAAUAUUUUGCAAGUGGAUGUUAAAAAUUUAAGCAAAUCUAUGGACAUGCUAGCAAAAAAGUAUGGACCAGUGUUCACUGUGUAUCUCGGUAUGAAGCCCACUGUGGUGCUGCAUGGAUACGAAGCAAUGAAGGAAACUCUGAUUGACCGAGGAGAUGAGUUUUCUGAUAAAACGGAAUCAUCGUUACUCAGUAGAAUCAGCAGAGGUUUAGGCAUUGUCUUCAGCAAUGGAGAAACAUGGAAGCAAACACGGCGUUUCUCCCUCAUGGUCUUAAGGUCUAUGGGGUUGGGAAAGAAAACUAUUGAAGACCGGAUUCAGGAGGAAGUCCUUUAUCUGUUGGAUGCAUUGAGAAAAACCAAUGGGUCUCCCUGCGACCCGAGCUUCCUUCUGGCCUGUGUCCCCUGCAAUGUGAUCGCCACUGUCAUUUUCCAGCAUCGUUUUGACUAUAAUGAUGAGACAUUCCAAGAAGUAAUAGAUAAUUUUCAUAGAAAAGUUAAAAUUUUAGCAUCUCCUUGGGCCCAGCUGUGCAGUGCCUUCCCUAUUUUAUACCAUCUCCCUGGAAUCCAUAACAAAUUCUUGAAAGAUGUGACUGAACAGAAAAAGUUCAUCUUGACGGAAAUAAACAGGCAUCAAAAAUAUUUGAACCUCAGUGACCCUCAGGACUUUAUUGACUAUUUCCUGAUUAAAAUGGAAAAGGAAAAACACAACAAAAAGUCUGAGUUUACCAUGGACAACCUGGUUGUCAGCAUUGGUGAUCUUUUUGGAGCAGGAACAGAGACAACAAGUUCCACAAUCAAAUAUGGACUUUUGCUCCUGCUGAAGUACCCAGAGGUCGCAGCUAAAAUUCAGGAAGAAAUCGCUCGUGUGAUUGGUAGAGAUCGGAGCCCCUGCAUGCAGGACAGGAACCACAUGCCCUAUACCGAUGCUGUGCUGCAUGAGAUCCAGAGAUACAUUAAUUUUGUUCCCAUUCCCUCGCCUCGUAUGACAACGCAGGAUGUGGAGUUCAGAGGAUACCACAUUCCCAAGGGCACAGGCGUUAUGGCAUGCCUGACUUCUGUCCUGCAUGAUGAGAAAGAGUUUCCCAACCCAGAGAAGUUUGAUCCUGGCCACUUUCUGGAUGAGAAAGGGAAUUUCAAGAAGAGUGACUAUUUCGUGGCCUUCUCAGUAGGCAAAAGAGCUUGUAUUGGAGAAGGUCUGGCCCGAAUGGAGAUGUUUUUAAUCCUGACCAACAUUUUACAGCAUUUUACUUUAAAACCUCUGGUCAACCCAGAGGACAUUGAUACCACCCCAGUUCAAACUGGCUUAUUGUCUGUGCCGCCAUACUAUGAGCUCUGUUUCAUUCCAAUCUGAAGCUGCGAGUCUUUCACACGGAUGACUGAGACCCUGUUUCUACUUGUGAGCAAACACGUCCUCCUGUCCUCUACCUGCAUCUGGUAGUCCUUCCUGAAUGGCAGGGAUGCUACCUCUGAAUUAUUGUAUAUUUUUAUCAAUUCUUUAUGAACCAGUUCCAGUUUUCAUAUGUGAAAAAUACUUCACUGUUUCAGCACUAAUAAAAUUUUUGUU